UUUUUGAUUAUUCCGGAAUAUUUUAUUCCGGAAAUUUGUACAGUUUUGGUUUACAUUUAACAAACUUCCUUUUUGAAAAAGGCAGCAACCGGGAUGCACAUGAAAAAGUUGUGAGAAAAAUAUUUUCAAAUUAGUGAAUCUUUUGUACAAAAUAUCGUGCGAGAUUAUUGAAACUGGUUCGAGUAACAAUUUACAGUGACAAUAUUUACGUCGAUAGUCGAAAAAAAUAAAGGAUUAAGUCGAUGUUGGUGGAUUUCUGUUGGCCUGACGUUAGCGUGCGCACAUCAUGCCGAAAGUAAAGAAGAGUAACCGGAUUGCAGAGCGGAGAGAAGGUCCGACAAAAAAUCAUCAGCAGUCAAAAGAAAAGAGGGGGCAAUCUGUCAACACGGACACUUCGGUGACAGUGGAGAAAUCCCCGGAGGUUGACCAUGUGGUUGGAAACACAAAACAUUGCCCGGAAUCAGGUACAGUUCAAAAUUUUACUGAACACAAUGAUAUUCCUCAAAUGAUUGUUAGCUAUAACAACGUUUUAGGUUUAAAUGUUUCUCAAGAGUUGAAGAACAAGAUAAUUAACGGUCAGUACGUAGACUUGGCAAAAAUGUUUGUUAAUUCCAAUGAGCCUCAAAAACAAUCACUUGUUAUGGUGAACGGCGAGCUUCAAGCUACCGAAAAAAAUGCAAAAAAUAUUACUAAUAUUCAACAAUGGACAGAUGCUUUUAUCAUAUUUGCAAGCAUUUAUUUGGAGGGUCAUCCUACUAAAGCCUUAGAUCUCUUAAAGUACAUGAAUGAUGUUAGGUUAGCAGCAGCUAGAUCAUCCGGUUUAGGAUUUAAAGAGUAUGACCAGCAAUUUCGAUUAAAGCUUGCAAAAAACCCAUCGGGAGCAUGGGGGACAGUUGACCCGGAAUUGUGGUUAAUUUACAUUACACCUAUAAGUAGGUCAUUUCUGGCUGCUGAUACACAAAACCAGAGUCAGAAUAGUAAGUGUUAUACAUAUAAUUUUCAGGGGUCUUGUUUCAAGGCACCCUGCAGUUAUUUGCAUCAAUGA